AUGAUGGGUCACUCUUUCCUUCAUGGAGGGCCCUGCCUGUCUGGACUUAGCCCUGCGAUUGUGCAUGUCCUUCUUGGUGGAACUCCUGAGACUUCUAUGGUCACCCUGGAAGACUGUCCGGAUUUGGACAUCCGCGACACCAUCAAGCUUUUGGAAGGUGAUUCAGAGCUGUCUGAAAAAGAUAGAAAGCAGAUCCACGAGUUGGCCUAUGCAUGGGACCUCCCUUCUCUGAACAACAGUAACCGCAAAUGGGUUUUUGAAAAACUUUUAAUUCAUGCAGUGAUUGGACGAGUUAUUAGACAGAUUAAGCAGCUUCGUCGAGGACUCAAAGAAACACCAUUAUGGACAGUUCUGACCAAGAGACCAGACACAGUAGAAGUACUUCUCCCACAGAAGGGUGCUGGAAAUAUCAGUCCGGAGGUUCUUCUGCAACGUAUCAUUUGGCCGAAGGCUGACGACGAUGAUGACAAUGAUGAGUGCUCAGUUGAAAUCAAGAGCUGUGUGUCUGGCUAUCUCCGGGAGUUCAUCAUUAAAGACGGAGAUACCGCUGCCUGGGGUGCUGUGGACCAAGCCGUCGCUGACCAGGGUGCUGCAGAUCAAGAAGCCGCUCACCAGGACCUCGGUUUGCUGAGCCUCUUCUCUCCGGUGUUCAGUGACAGCGCUAGCCAUAUGCCCAGCUGCCACUUCUGUCUGCAUCCGAUGCAGUUGGGUCCCUUCCAUCCUCUCCUUCCCAUGUCACACUUGACCAUGGUGGGUGGGGGUGCGAUGGGAGGGUCACACCCCCCGCGCCCUGUGGAACUGCACUCCAGACGUCAGCGCCAAGCUCCGGACCGCAUGAUUGAGCAGCUACUUCAGCCUUUGGUAGAAGAGGAGACUGUUGUAAAAGUCACAUUUGGUUCCGAAGCGUCUUUUCCCGCAGAUGAGAAGUUGGAUUACCCUCUGGCUGAGGGGACCUCAAUCUACUCAGCCAUUCUGAGUCGAAAUGAAGUGGUGAAGGACGCACAGCGGCUCAAGACGUUCCUGGAGCUGCGGGACAAGUAUGUGAAGAAGAAGGUGCUGUUUGAAGACCCUCUGUUUCCCGCCACAGAUGCCUCACUCUUCUACAGCCAGAAGCCUACUAUGCACUUUGAGUGGAAACGCCCAUCGUCCAAACCACGUCUUCAGUCCAGACCACGUCUUCAGUCCAGACCAUGUCUUCGCACCGACCACGUCUUCGUACCAACCACGUCUUCGUACCAACCAUAA